AUGCCCGCCGGAGACCAGUCGCGUGUGUCACAUGCGGGGGCGCAGGACGACUCCCAGAAGCUUCCACCGUUCUACUCGCCGCGUACGACGACAGCCGACGAUGGUGACACAACCUCCCAGAACAUCGAGGAGCUGAACAUUGGGUCCUCGACUCCUUCCUCGCAGCCCAUCGGAUCGACCCUCGGCGAACUCCCCCCGCCGUCACUCCUCUCCCCCGCCUUCACCCCGCCGGCGACGCCUGGCUCCAACACCCCGAGAUCUGCCGCCGUCGCCGGACCCCGUGGCGUCCCAGUCGACAGCUCCGUCCCCUCUGGGGGAUGUGGCAACAAGAAGCCCAAGCUGCUUGAGACAUUGCCCGAGGUGGAAUGUCUCGUGCGGGCACGGAUCCCCACCGUGGCAGGGACGGAGAUGUUUCUCCACCUCUACACCAACAACGUGGACAACAAGGAGCACCUGGCCAUCGUCUUCGGCAACAACAUCCGGAGCAAGAGCCUCGAUGCGCCGCGCGAGGGCGAGACGGAGAUGGACCGCAUGAUCCGCGGCGCCUACACAGGGAGACUCUACCCGGGACGGACCAGCAGCAACGUCGAGCAGGCCCAGUCGGACGCCGGCGCAGAGGACUCGGAGCCGCCGCUCGUGCGCAUCCACUCGGAGUGCUACACGGGCGAGACGGCCUGGUCCGCGCGGUGCGACUGCGGCGAGCAGCUGGAUGAGGCCGCCCGCCUGAUGAGCCUCCCCGGCAACUCCACGGGCGGCGUCAUCGUGUACCUGCGGCAGGAGGGGCGAGGCAUCGGGCUGGGCGAGAAGCUCAAGGCGUACAACCUGCAGGACCUGGGCUCGGACACGGUCGAGGCCAACCUGCUGCUGCGGCACCCGGCGGAUGCGAGGAGCUACGGGCUGGCGACGGCGAUGCUGCUGGACCUGGGGCAGCGGGAUAUCCGGCUGCUGACCAACAACCCUGACAAGAUCCGGGCUGUCGAGGGCCCGAACAGGGAGAUUGUUGUUAAAGAGCGUGUGGCGAUGGUGCCGCUGUCGUGGAAGGGACGUGGCGGGUUCAGGAGCCAGGAAGUAGAGGGCUAUCUCAAGGCCAAGAUCGAAAAGAUGGGUCACAUGUUAGACAUGGGCGGGCUUCCUCAAUAG